UCUUCAAAGGCAAUGUUAAAAAUAAACAUCAAUAUUUGCAAUCAAAAAUUCGCAAACAGUUGUGCAAAUUCGCAAAAAGAAAGAACAGAAAACAAUUCGCACUAUAAAAGCGGAGAGUCUCAAGCAGAUAAUUAUCAUUCACCACAAUGAAAGCCAUCACAGCAAUUGUAAGUUGUAUUAUCUUAGGCAUAUGCCUAAUCCGAUUGCCUCUAACGGAGUCGGUGACCUGCACCGCUGAUGCCACAGUCGCUGGUUGUAUUGACUGCACGGAUACGGCCAAUGCCGCCGAUGCUGAAUGUGUGGCCGAGGCUGAAGCAACCACUGUGGCACCGGCAGCAGAGGAAACCACUACAGCGGCAACGGAAGCAACCACUGCGGCCUCCAGUGCCGCUGAAACCACCACGGCAAGUGAUGCAACAGCAACAACUACAGUGGCUAGCACUUCCGGUGGUAAAAAAAAGACCGUUCGCAAGUGGAAAAGGAAAGUUAAGCGAUCACGUAGAAAUAACUCUACAUCGAGCAACAGAAAUAACAGAAAUAGGCGGAGGAGGACCACAAGGACACGCAGGAGGUACUCGGUGGCUGUCUAAGCACCAGCAAUUUGCAAGU